AUGAAGUUCACCAUCGCUGCUGUCGCUGCCCUCGCCGCUGGCGCCCAGGCCUCGUACAAGGCUGACAACGUUACCUACACCACCGAGGUCGUUACUGCCUACACCACCUACUGCCCGGCUGCCACUGAGAUCACCCACGGUGGCAAGACCUACACUGUCACUGAGGCCACCACCCUGACCAUCACUGACUGCCCUUGCACCAUCAGCAAGCCCGUCUACACCACCAGCGCUGUCGUCUGCAGCACCUGCACCGCCCCUGCCCCCGUCUACCCUACUGCCAACAGCACCAUCGCCACCACUGUCAAGUCCACCGGCGGUGUCUACCCUACCACCUCCAAGACCACCCCCACCACCCCCGCCAGCUCGAUCCCCACUGCUGGUGCCGGCAAGGUCGCUGCUCUCUCCGGAGCCGGUCUUGCUGCCCUGAUGGGAGUUGCCGCUCUUCUGUAA